GCCGUGACGCCCGCGGUGGCGGAGGGGCUCGGCUUGUCAGACUUCCCAGAAAAUAAAAGCAUAUUUCAGAAAGUGAAAAUCAGAAGAAGUAGCUGCUGACAUAAAGAAAAGUGUACUAAGGAUCAUUUCUUGAGUAAAAUUUUUUAAGAUGUGGUGAAGAGCCUGUAUUUUCCCUUGUGCAGUAUAUAGUGCCUUAAAAAAUGGGGUUUGGAGGUGACCUGAAGUAUUCUCAUGAUGCUUUAUUAAAACUGCAAGACUGGGAACUACGACUGCUGGAAACAGUGAAGAAAUUUAUGGCAAUGCGUGUAAAAAGUGAUAAGGAAUAUGCCUCCACCUUACAGAAUCUUUGUAAUCAAGUAGAUAAAGAGAGCACUUGUCAAUUGGAUUAUAUCAGCAAUGUGUCCAAGUCUUGGUUGCUUGUGGUACAGCAAACAGAACAGCUGAGCAAAAUAAUGAAGACACAUGCAGAAGAUCUUAAUUCUGGGCCUUUGCAUAGGCUUACGAUGAUGAUUAAAGAUAAGCAGCAAGUUAAGAAGAGUUAUGUAGGUGUCCAUCAACAAAUUGAAGCAGAGAUGUACAAGGUCACAAAGACAGAACUAGAGAAACUAAAAUCUAGCUAUAGACAACUAAUAAAAGAAGUAAAUUCUGCCAAAGAAAAGUAUAAAGAAGCUGUGGCUAAAGGAAAGGAGACUGAGAAAGCCAAAGAUCGGUGUGAUAAGGCUACCAUGAAGCUUCAUAUGUUGCAUAAUCAGUAUGUGUUGGCACUGAAAGGAGCACAGUUACACCAGCACCAGUAUUAUGAUACUACGCUUCCUCUAUUACUUGAUUCACUACAGAAGAUGCAAGAAGAAAUGAUUAAAGCCCUAAAAGGAAUCUUGGAUGAGUAUAGCCAGAUCACCAGUCUUGUAACAGAAGAGAUUGUGAAUGUGCAUAAAGAGAUCCAGACCUCGGUUGAACAGAUAGACCCAAACUCUGAGUAUAAUGACUUCAUAGAUACUCACAGGUCAUCAGGAGUAGUUGAACAAGAAAUAGAGUUUGAUAUAUCUUUACUAGAAGAAAAUGAAAACCUUCAAGCGAAUGAGAUCAUGUGGAAUAAUCUAACAGCAGAAAGUUUACAAAUAACGUUAAAAACAGUAAUAGAAGAACUGAUUCAGACACAGCAAAACCUUUUAAGCAAAGAGGAGCUAGUAUUGGAACUGGAGAAAAAAAUAGAAGAGUCAUCUAAGACUUGUGAAAAGAAGUCUGAUAUUGUACUCUUGCUGAGCCAAAAGCAAGCGCUCGAAGAACUUAAGCAAACUGUUCAGCAAUUAAGAUGCUCUGAGGCAAAAUUUGCAGCCCAGAAAGAACUACUGGAACAAAAGGUUCAAGAGAAUGAUGGAAAAGAGCCACCACCUGUAGUGAAUUAUGAGGAAGAUGCCAGAUCAGUGACUUCUAUGGACAAGAAGGACAAAGUCUCAAGAUUUGACACUAUACGUCAUUCCAUAGCUGGAAUUAUAAGGUCUCCAAAAUCCAUGUUGGGCUCAUCGUCGUUCUUUGAUGUAAUAUCAACCACUGAGAAACCAUUGGCUGAGCAAGACUGGUAUCAUGGUGCAAUUCCAAGAAUAGAAGCCCAGGAACUGUUAAAACAGCAAGGAGACUUCUUGGUGCGAGAGAGCCACGGGAAACCUGGUGAAUAUGUCCUUUCUGUGUUUUCAGAUGGACAACGGAGACACUUUAUCAUACAAUAUGCUGAUAAUCAGUAUCGUUUUGAAGGAACUGGGUUUCCAACUAUUCCUCAGCUCAUAGAACAUCAUUACACAACAAAGCAAGUUAUUACAAAGAAAUCAGGUGUUGUUCUGCUGAAUCCUGUUGUUAAGGAUAAGAAAUGGGUUCUCAAUCAUGAAGAUGUCACACUGGGAGAAUUACUGGGCAAAGGUAAUUUUGGUGAGGUGUAUAAGGGGACAUUAAAGGAUAAAACUCCUGUUGCUGUAAAAACUUGUAAAGAAGAUCUUCCUCAGGAACUGAAAAUAAAAUUUCUAUCAGAAGCCAGAAUACUCAAACAGUAUGAUCAUCCUAAUAUUGUAAAACUUAUAGGAGUUUGCACACAACGACAGCCUAUUUAUAUUGUUAUGGAACUUGUCCCAGGAGGUGAUUUCCUGUCCUUUUUAAGAAAAAAGAAGGAUGAGCUAAAAACCAAACAGUUGGUGAAAUUUUCAUUAGAUGCUGCUUCUGGUAUGGCAUAUCUUGAAUCUAAAAAUUGUAUACAUAGAGACCUGGCUGCAAGGAACUGCUUGGUAGGUGAAAGCAACAUUUUGAAAAUAAGUGAUUUUGGAAUGUCCCGGCAAGAGGACGAUGGCGUGUACUCAUCAUCAGGCCUGAAGCAGAUUCCUAUCAAGUGGACCGCUCCAGAAGCACUCAACUAUGGGAGAUACACGUCUGAGAGUGAUGUAUGGAGCUUUGGAAUCCUCUUGUGGGAGACUUUCAGCCUAGGAGUAUGUCCGUACCCUGGCAUGACAAACCAACAAGCACGAGAACAAGUCGAGAAAGGCUACCGGAUGUCAGCACCACAAAAAUGUCCAGAAGAAAUAUAUAAAAUAAUGCAGAGGUGCUGGGACUACAAACCAGAAAAUCGGCCAAAAUUCAGUGAGAUUCAGAAAGAGCUGUCUUUGAUCAAAAAGAAAGUAACAUAGUGAUAGCGAAGUGCCAAACUCAAUGUGUGGACAUUUUCCAGUGAAGUAAUUUUUUCCUCUCAAACACUAUGCUUUUAUACAACAUUAUUUGCAAUAUUCUUACUUUGAUUACUUUGAAAUUAACUGGUUUUUUUAUAUACAUGUGUACCAUCUUGAAUGAUGUCUACACCUGCAUUAAAGACAUACACUACGAAGUGCUAUAUAUCCAGUCACAGUAAUACUGUCAUUUAGGUUACAUGUAGAUAGAAAAACACAUACUAUAGAUUUAAGGGACUGUGGCUUCUAUCUGUUUUAUGGCAAGUAACUGCUAGUGACAUUUUUCAGAGGUUUUCUACUUUAAGCUACAUUCUCACUCUGCUAUCCCUGUCUCAUAUGUCAACACCAGCAGCACUGUAAUGUGGUGACUGUCAUACAUGUUGGCCUUAAAACUGAAGACAGUUUUGACAAGUAUUUCAACCAGAAACUUUUAUAUUUUUUAAAUUCUUUCUGCAACUGAUAUUUUAAGUGAUACUUUGUUUUAAGGAUGAAGGUUCAGUUAGAUUCUGGAUGCGAAAGUGCUUACUGAACAGUGAAAUCCAGAAUUUUCCUUUGUAGAAAAUUGAGUUGAUUGUGCAUUUCUUACCAUACUGUAGUAAAUACUUCUGACUUUUGAUGUGAUUUACUUAAGCAACGUCUUUUCAUUCUGGAAAGCCAUCAGAAGUCUGUUACACUGAUUUAUGUUUUUUUAAGAAACAAAAAAAACCAGUAUCAAGUCUUGACUAUACAUGUUAAGAAAUACUGCAAAUCAUCUGCCUUCCAAAGAAUAUGAAAAAGCAGUAGGCCAACAGAAAGAGGCUUCCUAAUGAUAGCAGCAGAUAACAAAUUUAUUUGAUCUUAGAGGAGUUAAAGAAUGUGAAUUGCUAGAUUUGCUUUUGAUCCUGAUUUUUUUCCUUAAAUUGGUAAUAAUUCUCAGAAUGUGGCUGGAGCCUACAAAAGUUUAUGCUAAGCAAAAGUACAUUCCAUGCAUAGUGUCCAAAGGAAAAUACUACUUCAGUAUGGCAUAAGGAAAUUGUUCAAGAAGCCAAAAUAAAGAAGUUUAAAGCCUCUGACAGGCUGAGCAAGGUAAAGUAGAAAUACUAACCUUCUAACUUUUUUUAAUCAUUGCAAUGAUUCAAAUGACUGGGGAUAGGCAAUUUUAAAUGCCACCGUGAAUAAAAAACCUUGUAUAUAUUUUAAAAAAUAAUCUGCCAGAAAGAAUAGAAACUUACUAGAUAGGGGAGAGAGAAAAGGCACAGUUUGUUACGCUAGCUCUGGGUCCUCUUUGCAGCUGGAAUUAUUUUCUAGGGCCCUACAUAGAAAUAGGAACAAGUUACAGUAUCCUGGUCUGAGUUCCAGAGUUAAGGUGCUUAAAUAUUUUCUAGGAAGUAAAUAAAAUUUUUCAGAUCAAGGGAUGUCAGUUGCUGCUAAUGCAAGUAAGAAACAGGGACUGUAAGUAACACAGCAUCUGGAAUGUUAAUUAGUCCUAUGGUUAUUGUUACAGUGGGAUUGAGAUGUAGUGAAGUCAGUGGCUACAUUACAUUUUCAUUUCUGUUCAGAUGACUUUUCUAUUGUCCACAACAUUUUUGCUCUCGAAAGUGUAUUUAUAGUAGUUCUGGAUAGUAAUGUUUAAGGGCUAUGUGUGACCAAAAUAUGUGUAGUCUAGAAGAAUUUGUCUGUUACAUUGGAGUUAGUGUCCAAAUAAAACAAUAAAUGAUCAUGCUGGAGCACAUCACCUGCAUUUGAGGUGGAACUGCCAGCAUCCAAGUACAUGGAAUGGUGAGCGCUUCUUGCAUUUCUUAAGUGAUUUUUUUCUUGGAGAUAAGGAGGCAUAUACAUACCCAUAAAGGUAUAGUGCUUAGAAAACUUGGUGGCAUAAAUUUAAACUUCAUUAUAAGCAUACUGGAUAUAUUUACUUAGUUCUGUACUUCCAAGUAGCCCAAAGAUAUUUUUCAAGAGCAAUGGGAAGCAUUUGUGUUAGUUUGUAUGCUUUUAAGUAGUACACAAAGUUUGUGCCUUAAUUUGCUAGUAUGUUGAUGCAAAUGCAAGUGUACUAAGGUUUAAGGAAUGUUCCACAGUCAUUUGGAAAAAUCCAAGAUUCAGCCAACGGCAGGUCCUUAUGUAGGCAUCAGUAAAGUCUGCAAGUAAGGAUAAUGGUGUCUCCUCUGUCAGCAUCCAUAGCUUCUGUGGAGGAUUACUAUUCUUCUUCUAUGAAAGAGAUGAACUGUUGCUUUGCUAUAUGCCCUCUUGACACCGAAAAGAUACUUUUUUAUUUUUAUAAAAUAAAAUACUAUUUCAUUUGUCUUAAGUUAACCAGUCACUAUCCAGACUAUCACAUAAAGAAAAAAUUGUACUCAUAUUUCACUCUGAAAUAGUUAGCACUUGUAAUUCAUAUCACACUCCUGUUUAAAUUUAAAGACUUUUUAAAACACGGGAUUUCUACAGCAGCAAGAAAAUUUAUUAUUAUUCCUGAAGUAAGCACCAGUUCAGUUCAAAAAUAAUAACCCUUUGGGAGAAUUCCAGAAUGAGUUUAUAGGUAUAAAAUAAAUCUAAACACAGGUACAUGUCUCUUCAGUUAUUUAACCUGUUUUCUUAUCAUUAAUUUGGAAGUUGUAUUAUUGCAAUUAGACAAUUUAGGAAGUGGAAUCCAUGCCUAUAGAUACUGUUUUUAAGUUUUUGAAAACUUCUUACAGGGGAAUUCAUAAAAAAACCUGCUAUACAAUGAAAUUUAAAAGAAAGACGUGGUAUUCAAGAACCAAAGCUGCCAUAUAUGCUUUCUGUGGACUUUUGAUGACUUAGCCUUGCAUUAUUCAUAGGUUAGCCAGACACUGGUCAUUUGGCCCAUUUACUGUGGUUAUCCUAGAGAACUUACAAAAAAAGUUAAGACUCAAGAUUCUUUUGCAAGUGUAGUGGUUCAGCAAGAUACUUAUACCAGCACUGUCCCAACCUGGGGGAGCCUGAGCGAAUUCUAAAUUUUUUACAGUGUUAAAUGGGAGAAACUCUGAAUACUGUUAAGGGUUAGGUAGAAAUACCUCAGCCUGUUACAUGAGAUGGAAUUCAACAGCUUAUCUGUCAUUUUCAUCUUUUUCCAAGGAAUUGCACUCAUCAUUUUAGGAAAGAUAGCUUUGAGGACAAAAAAAUGCAUCCUUAGUUUGUUUUCAGUCAAAAUUAAGCACACAUUAGCUUCAGAGUUCAGUCAUCAGUGAAAUCAUGAGGAUUCCUAAGCAUUUAAAUUUUAUGGAAUUAAAAUAGUGAAAAGUGUCUUGUCUGAAAACAAACAUAACUUCAAAGAAGUGUGAUCUUGUCAACAUCCCACCAAGACAUUCUUUGAAAUGCAUAUUUUCAUUAGUUUCUAUUGAAACUAGUGAAGUAGUUUUUCAUUUAGCAACUACAGGUGUAUUGCAUUUCUUCUUCACAAAAAUCUGCCUUUUUGUAGAGUUGCCUAAUAUUUUUAUUGGAAGUUGUUAAUGAAACCUGUGUCACCAGAAGUCUAUAAGUAAGAGCUGUAGUUAUUAAAGUAAGCCUGAUCCUAUUGAUGAGAAAUAGAAAACUGGUUAGGGAAAUACUAGGAUAUUCAUCUUAAGUAUUUUUUCAUCCAUGCAUUUGACCACCUGUUAUGCUUAACUGAAAUCCUACAAGCACAUCACUAAAACUGACUAUGAAGUGAUCCCUUUGUUAUCUAACUAUUUUGUCAUCCCUUUUUUGCUCUUUGUAAAGGUACCAAAGGAGAAACCACUUUCCUGAGGCUACAGAGUAACCAACUCUUUUAAAAACCAGCAUUAAAAAUUUCUCCCCCUCCCCAGAUUUUCCCAGAUGUGCUGCUGCAGACCAUUAACAAUAGUAAUUAACUAGUAGCCCUAUUCUAAUUAUUCUUGCUGUCAUGUCCUCUAAGUGGCAGUGCUUCUGACACACUUGAAACAGUGAAACAUUUGAAGAGAUGAGUUAGUGUGUAAAUAGUGUCACCAAACAUGAUAUUCAAGAGCAGUAGUUCUGAAAAUGGCUGGUUGUCGCAAGUAAUGAUAACUCAUUAUAAAGGUGGGACAAAAAGAAAGAGGCUAAUUGAGAUAAUCCACUCUCUAUAACAUCUGUCCUGUUCGUAGGCAAUAGAAAUGUUUGUUCUGCUAGCGCACUUGGAUUUGUAACAUUUUUAUGACUGAGCAUAAAAAAGUUUGCUAUUAAAAGAGGAGUUCAUCAAUUAAUAUUUUUUUUCCUCAAGCACAAAAGGAGAUGUGGUAUUGUUGCAAGCAUUAUUGCUAGCAAAGUCAGGACACAUGGAGGGAAGAAUACCCCUACUACUAACCAAGGUACCUACUUUUUCCUUCUUAGAAUCAUAUUCAUGCAGUCUUUCAGGAAUACAGGACUUCAAUUAGUAAUUAGAAAGUACCGGGGAAGUCCAGUAUUCCUGAAGUUCCAAACUACCAUGAGUUUUUAAGAGUGACCUGGUAAAUUUGCAACAUCGGCUUUAUUAAAAAUGUUUUAUUCUAGUUUCCUUCUGCACUUUUCUGUAAAGAAGAGUCUUUAAACAACCAUCAGUAACAAGAAAAAUCCAUCAACCUCGGAAAUCUAUCAAGCCCCUUUAAGAGUAACUUCAGUAAAGAGUAUUUUUUGUAAUUUUGUACUGGAAUUCCCCCAGCAUAGCUUUCCUUUCUAAAAAACUGGUUUAAAAAACCCUAAAUAAUAAAUUAAAAAUUAAAAUUAAUUUAAAAACCCCACCAUUUAGAAACUGAAAGCUCCGAAGUUGAAACAGAAGAAUCCUUUCACUUACACAUUCUAAACAGUCCUUCAAGAAUUGCCACAGUUUCUUUCCUGAAACUGUUAACACACCUGUGAUUUCUAGCUCUUACAUACUUUUCAGCGUUGCAUAUUAGUGCAUUAUCAACAGCCAGCUGUACCUUCAGACCAAUGAAGGGAAGACUAUCUCAUUGAAAACUACAGCAAGUUUUGGCUGGUAGCUCCCACAUUUUCCUUGGAUUCCACAUUCAGUUAUCGGAGUCAUAGUGUUAAUGAUAAUAAGCACCACAUAGAGCAGGUGCUGGAAGCUAGACAUUGUCUUUAAAUCAGCAGCUUAUCCCCCAGGAUUUUGCACCUUUGACUCUAGAAGCCAACUUGGUUUUUGUUCUCUGUCAAAUAAGCAAAAGGAAUUUCUAUAUUUCAGCCUUACUACGAACCUAUAAAACUGGAAGGUUCAGAGAUAUAUUUACUGUUCUCUCCAAGGGAAUGGUACCCCCACUAAUAACUAUAAGUUACCCUUAUGCCCCUGUUAUGUCCAUCUGUCUCUUUGACGUAAAACUCUAACUGGAAUGUAUGUCCAGGUGUAGAACUAGGGUGUUAUCUCAGAGUUGUUUCAUUUUCAGGAAGUUGUGUAUUAUUAGCUGUUUCAGAACACUGUUCUCUCAGACAUUAUCUAGGCAGGACAUAAAUGAGAAUUUUCAGAUGGUUUGAGGGGUUUUUUUGUGAGAUGAAGGACUAAUCAGACUGCUAGCUACAUGCAUUGUUAUUUUGCAGCUGUUUCAGAUUAUAGGUAUGAGAGUAGUUCAUUUCUAGAUCUCAGGUUAUGUACGCCUUCUCUAAAUUAAAAACUGUUAUCCAUAGUUACAAAAAAUUUAUAAGUAAACCCCUCAAAUGUAGUUGACUGAGGUCAUAAAGUAAAAACAGAAGAGCCAUGAGCUACAUUCUUUCUUCCUCUGUCCUUCCAGAAUUGAAUGCUUUGUAAAUAAAACUUGGAAUAACUGGCUUUGUGUUUAUAGAUAAAUAUGACCUCUGGACCAGUAUGAUAAUGUAGGACUCACAUUGCUGCUAGCAAUGAAGGCUUGGAAAAAAGUGUUCCUACAUUGCUACUAUUUGGAACCGUCAUUUAGUUGUAGAACUACACAUGUUUAUAGAUAAGUACAUAGCUUCAGUUUUGUGAGUACAGUAAGAGAGACAGCUCAUGUUUCUCUGUUGAAACCCAGUUAUGCUUCUUAAAAGAAAAAUCAGAUUGAUCAGCAAUGUAUUCCUUUACAGAUGUUGAAAGUAUGAGCCAAGACUUUCCACCACAAAAAAUAGAAAGAUCCACACUACUGCCUUCAUAUACAGUCAGUUCAGUCUUUCUCAGCAUAUAAAGAAUUCCAUAAUUGUUAAAUGCAUUAGUCACAUAAAAUCCUUGGAUUACUGAUAUGUAAACUACUUCACUCAGAUCUUUUUCCUUCAAUUAUUAAAGAAACUUUCUCCUCUUUAAAAAGGGCUACCAUAAGCUUACGGUUCUAGCUGAGCUCUGCUGUAGUAAUCUGGCCUGCUUCAUCUCCCAAACAUUUCCUAAUUCUGAUGGCUCCAUGUACCACAGUUGGUGCCCUUUCAUUUACUUCGAAAAGGUUACUCUUGUGACAGAAAAGUUCAAAUAUGUCCCUGUUUUUGUUUGACACAAAAAUACUGUAGUGAUGUUAUAGCUUGAUACCAGUGGCAAUGUGUUUGUAUGAAAAUUGAAGUAACUAUGAAUCAAAGUGAAGCACAUUGUUCAAGUCAUGUUUUUAAUCAAUACAAACCCUAAAUGUAUCGUGAGUUGUCAACACCAGAAAAACAGCAUUCCGGACUGCCUAGUUUACAAUACAGAGCAUCCUACUCCUGCUACAGAACAAUAUAAAGCUAAAUGUGCUCCAUGGAAAAGGAAUUAUUUUGCUGUCAGACCACAUCCAAACAGUAACUUUAAAAUUAAAAGCAGUGACUUAAUUCUAGCCAAUCCGUGCUGUAAACUUCCUUCUUCUUAACACACCUUUCCAAAUAGUGUCAAUUUUCAUUAUUGUCAUCCAUUUUGCUUUUAGAAAUUUGACUUUUAGAAAUUUGCUUUUAGAAAUCUGACUGUACAUCGCAUAACACUUAUACCAGUAAUUAUACCCCACCACCACCACCAGCACCAUGAAGUGCUGAGACUUGCAACUUCAGAAGAUAAGCAUUGCUAAGUCAGUAAAAGUCUACAGGGAACCAGUCUUUCACUGGGUGUGUGAGUUGAUAUGGCUUAAUGCAUUUUAAAUACUACUAAAGAAAAUUUUUCAAUUAAAAUCUUUUAUACAGUUUGAAGACCGAUAUUCCUUGCUCAAGAUAUCUCUGCAAUAGUAAUACUUGUGUUUGAGUUGAACUCAACAGGAAGAUAGAACUGUACCUUCCUUCCUCUCUAGUUUAUCAGGGAAGGGAACUGCUGAGUUCAAGUAGUCAGUCUGGGUGCUUUAAGUGGUGCUGGUACAUAGCAUGGAUGCAGCCAGGAUGCCAUAGAGAAGGUCUUGCAGUCCACAUGGCCCCUCUAUAUAAUAUGCCUACGCUCACUACGAGUCACUAAUAAAUCCACUAGAGACUGGAAGUUUGCUAUGUCUCCGGGUAUGACCUUAAUUUAUUCCUUAAAUCACCUGAAGUUGGUAGUGCUUAAGGAGAAAUAGUGGCAUUUUUUUCUUUGUCACAAAAUGCAGAAAUGGUAUAUAGAAUGGGGAUUCUGUAUUAUUUUCCUUUCUUUCACCUCCUGCUUGGUCAUGUCACAAAGUCUUUAAUAGAUGGAACAACUAGAAGAAACUUAUCUGUUACCUGUGUUAAUUGUAUCAUUACCUCUGACAAGUUAACUUGUUUUUUCCACCAAGCUUCCCACCUAAUUUUCAUUAAAUAUUAAAAACAUGACAAUAGGAAAGAAGUUUUAUAGGCUUAUCACGCAGAAGGCAGGCAGACUUCUACAAAGAUACUUUGAGGACUGAAAGCCAACAGUAAACACCUGUUUUGUCCCUUCUGUUAGAGGAGGGUGUAGUUACCUGCAUGUUCAAAUGACUUGAGAGGUGAAACUUGGACUAAUAUUGGUAGGACUGCUGGUUUUUUUCAGUUGCAUGUGUUACUUUUCCUUUGUAUAAUUGUAGGCAGCUGGAGACGGAGGAGGGGUGUAGGGGAAGGAGGGAAGGUUUGUUCACUGACCCGCUAGUACACGCAAGACUUUUGACAGCAGUAACCUUGAGUGGGGCACAGAUACCGUGUUUAGAUUUCUAUUCAAUAUUGUGCCAAAGUAUGCACCAGCAAGUUUAAUAUCAGGUAAAGCACCUUUUAUACUCUUUGUUGUUUAAGAAUAAUAUAUUUGUGAAACAGAUCGAUAAUACAUAACACUGGAAAUGGGUGCUUCUUCCCAAAAGUACACAUGUAAAAAAAAAAAGGAAACAACAUUUGUGAGUUUAUCUGGCUUUUAAGCAAGUCUGAAAAUUAUAGCUAUGUAAUACAGUUGCCAGUUGUCUGUCCUUUAUAAUUUUAAAUAGAUCUGCAUUUUAACUUUAUUUAUUUGCCAAUUUUUUAUAUACUUUAAAGUUACACUUUUGAACUCAACCUAACUUUUUAUUUUCCUAGGCUGUUAAAAAACAGAAUUUCAGUAUUCUUGUAAACUGCAGACCAUUUUUGAAUAGUCCUUUGUCUUUUCCUAUGGACCAGUUACCACUAAUGAGUCUGCAGUCCCCUUUUUACUGUACUCUUCCAAUAAAUGUAAAAUAUUUGUAUCAA